AUGCCGAACAACACCGUCGGAGUGUUUCCUGCAUCGGGAGGAAUUGGCGGAGGUACUGCAAAGCACCUCUUGUCGCGCUUGCCGCCGUCAAGCUUAGUCUUCAUCGCUCGAAGCCCAGAAAAGCUCAUAUCUCUUCCUGUCAGAGAAGCAUUCUUACGUCGUGCAGACUACGAUGAUGACAAGAGCCUUGAGCGCGCAUUUGAUGGAUUGGAUACGCUUUUUCUGAUAUCAUAUGCGUCGGUAGAGCAUGAACACCGAUCUGAGCGUCAACGUCUUGCGAUUGAUAUGGCGAUCCGGAGCGGAGUGAAAUAUAUCUUCUACGGCUCUUUGGGAUACGGUGGCAAUCCAGGUAACAAUGAGUCCGUGGCCCAUGUGAUGCAGGCGCAUCUGGAUACUGAGAGGUACCUCGACGAAUGUACCCGCCAGCACGCGGGCUUUACAUACACUGUAAUUCGGGAGGGUCUCUAUUCCGAGUCUUACCCACUCUAUACGGCUUUUUUUGAUCCCAAGCACCCUGUGGAUGAAAUCAAAAUUCCACACGAUGGAUCGGGCCCGGGAAUUGCGUGGGUCAAGCGCGAGGAGCUUGGAGAGGGUACGGCGGAGCUUAUGAAGAGAUUUGUACAGGAUCAAGCAGGGUUCCAGUACAGAAAUCAGAAGGUUUUGCUAUCGGGAUCUAAGACCCUGACGCUGGGCGAGACUGUCGCCAUCUUGGGAAAGAUUGCCAAGCACCCUGUGCAUAUCCACCAGGUUUCUGUGGACGAGUUCGCCAAACAACCCCAGAUGACAUCGAAUAUGACCUACCAUGGAGUUGAUCAUUCGAAGGUAUGGGCGACUACAUUUGAAGCAUUCCGUCGUGGGGAGGGGGCUUUUGUUUCACCCCUGCUCGGAGAGCUAUUGGGACGUGAGCCGGAAGAUUUUGAGACAACAAUUUCUCGGUCGUGA